AUGCCCAAGACGCAGCCCAACCUCUAUGCCUUUGGCAACAUCGCCUCGCUCGCAACAGCCCUCCGCGGCUACGUUGUACAGAGUCAAAAUGCGGGCUUCUCACGUCACGAUUCGUUCAAAGUGGCCAUCUCAGGAGGCUCCUUGCCCAAGACCCUUGCGCAGGCUCUUCUCGCCCCGUCGAGUGGCCCCGAAGAUGUGAUUGACUUUACCAAGUGGGAGAUAUUCUUUGCCGACGAGCGUGCUGUGCCUCUGGACCACGCCGACUCCAACUACGGCCUCUUGAAGUCUGAGCUCCUCGAAAAGAUUCCUGCCGACCAGCAACCUACCGUUCAUCCCAUAGACACCACCUAUCUCAACGAUACCCAAGAACUUGCCGACCAGUACGAAAAGACUCUAGUCAGCAGCUUUGCAAGCCGCGACUCUGUUCGCCUCCCCAUCUUCGACCUCGUCCUCCUAGGCUGCGGCCCCGAUGGCCAUACCUGCUCCCUAUUCCCUGGCCACCCUCUCCUUCGCGAGACCGAUGCCUGGGUCGCCCCCAUCGAAGAUUCUCCCAAGCCCCCUCCCAAGAGAAUCACUCUCACUCUGCCCGUUGUCACCCACGCCGUUCGCGUAGCAUUUGUCGCUACAGGCGGUGGAAAGAAGGAUAUCAUGAAAGAAAUCUUUGACUCCCUCGAGCCCACUCUGCCUUGCUCAUUGGUCAACGAGGCCUCUGGCGACAGAUGCAGCUGGUUUGUAGACGAGCCUGCUGUUGAGGGUGUUGGUUUCCCCAGAAAGGCGUUCCUGUAG